CUGUUGUGGAUUUUGAAUGGGACGUUAUCUUGCAGAAUGGGGAUUAAAAAGAAAUAGAAUAAAAUUAUCGGAUGCAUUAUUUGUUCCACUAAAUGCACCUAAACCUACAAUAACGGAGAUACAGCGCCGGAUCAUGUCCAGCUCGCUUCUAUGGGCAGUGGACGUGUACGGGAAGGUGUACAGCCUAUCGACCGCCAGAGGGCGCUGGGAGCGCGACACGGACACGCUCCUGGAGCUAAAGCGCGUUACCGCAGGACAGAAGCGCAGUUGGGGUAUUGGCUGCGACCACCACAUUUACCUUAAUAUCGACCAUGCAGAGGUGCCCAUUCGCUAUCGGGAGGAAACCUAUGAGAACCAGAGGUGGAAUCCUGUGGACGGCUUCACUGAUGUACUGCUGCCCACUGACCGCUGGGCAUGGAGUGAUCUCACAGGGAUGACCCCUCAGCCGCUUCACAGCUUCCUACUGCCAUCAGACAGCUGGGAGUGGGAGGGGGACUGGUACGUGGACCAGGGCUGUGCUGGAGGAGACCCCACUGAGACCGGGGGCUGGGAAUACGCUGUGGACUUCCCUGCAAACUUCUCAAGAGAGAAGAAGUGGAACUCGUGUGUUCGUCGCAGGCGAUGGAUUCGUGACAGGAGAUACAAAGCCAGAGGCUCAUGGACUAAGAUCCCCCUUGACCACCCCAAGCGGCCCCCUAUUCCCCUCUGUGACAUCAGUUGUGGUGGCUGGGAGAUGAGCGAACAACCUGGGCAAUAUCACUUCCUUUGGGGGGUGUCUCAACAAGGACAGGUCUGGUUCAGGAGUGGCAUCUUGCCGGAGGUCCCAGAGGGACAGUGCUGGGAGCAGGUCGAGGCCCCAAAGGAGGUGGCCCAAAUCUCUGCUGGACCAGGGGACCUUCUCUGGGCUAUACUCUGGGACGGACAGCUACUCGUCCGCAAAGGCAUCUGCCUGGACAGCCCCACAGGUUCCUCCUGGGUACUGGUGGAUCCUCCCCCGGUGAAGGGGGGCGGAGCCAUCCAUGUUGCUGUGGGGGUCAGCGUGGUGUGGGUGGUCACAAAGGACUACAAAGUGUGGUUCCGGCGGGGUGUGAACUCCCAUAACCCAUGUGGCUCCGGAUGGAUCAGCAUCGGAGGGGAGAUGAUGAUGGUGGAUGUUGGACUAAAUGACCAGGUGUGGGGAGUUGGAGAGGACCGGGGGCUGUACUUCAGGAAGAAUGUCACCCCAUCAGAGCCCAGUGGAAGGGGUUGGGUACCUGUCUCUGCCCAAUGGGGUCACAGCACACAGAUAGCCCAACCCAGUGCUGGCUGUGAGUUCAAAGGACUGACUGAGCCUUCCCAGGGCUCUGUCCUGACCUGCGAAGACUCCGGGGAAACAGAGAAACUCUCCAGAGGAGAGGAGCCAUUCCUCACCGCCACCCCAGGGCCAGAUUCUACCCACACCCUCAAAUCAUCCAUCCCAACCAGUGACAGCUUCAUCUCCAGUCUGGUGGCUGACCGGGAGCCCCUGAAGCCGCUCACACCCACCCACCGGCCCUUCACCGCCCCAGGGCUAUCCCAGGGGGAGGACAGCGAGGCUAGCCCAGCCCCAAUGUGCAUUGUAGACCUAGAGGCAGCCCAAAGUCCCCAGGGAGAGUGUGCUUCUAUGGGCAAAGCAGGGGGAAUGGGAACCCCGUCUUCAGUCGCCACAUACCCCCUGGGCCUGGAGUCCUCUAUGGGUGUGGUGGAAGAGGAGGGGCCAGUAUGGGCCUGGAUCUCUGGUGGAGGCUGUGAUGUGGAUCAUAUAGACCAGAUCAGCUGGCUUAGCCCCUCAGACCCAUGCUCCACUGCCCUUUCCAUUGCACCUGUGGAAUUAAAAGCCUUGCAGGAGAGGAAGGCAAAGACCACCACUGCCAGCAAGGAGCCAGUAGAGAGGAGUGCAUCUGUUUGGGUGCGUAAAGGCAGCAUGCGCUGGUGGAGGGACUGGAAGCCAUACCGCUGGGUGGAUGUGGGCGUUGCCCUGGAGCAAUCCACCAACUUCAACAGCAGUAGGGAUGCCAUCUUCUUCAUCUACUACACCCAGUACGAUGAGAAGAAGUACCUCCAAGUGUUUAUGAGUGAGGUGACGGCACUAGUUCCUGUGGUUCGGGAGAACACCCACCAUGCCUUUGCAGUGUACACAGGAGAGAGGACAAAAAAACGGUGGCCGCUGGUCCUGGCAGCACAGACUGAUAAGGACAUGACUGACUGGUUAUCUCUGUUGACUGGGUGCUGCUGUGAGGCCAGAGGAAUCAGGGGACGCAUCUCCAGACAGGCUCUGUGGUCAGUCACCACCAAGGGGGAUGUGAUGGUCCACGAGCCCUCGCCUUGCCUGGAGUCCCUGACACAGACCCUGCCCUGUGACAUGAUGUUUUGGUUGCAGGUCCCUGGCCACCUACGCUGUGUAGAAUCUAACAGUCUAGGUGUGGUGUGGGGGAUCGGGUGUGACGGCACUGCCUGGGUCUACUCUGGCUCGGGCCACACUGCUGGGGAAGUGCUCCCUCAGGGAGACAUGGGUAGUGUACAUACACAGACUGAUGUAAGAGCCGUCUACAUCUAUGAGAACCAGCGGUGGAACCCCAUGACUGGAUACACAGACAAGCUUCUCCCCACAGACCGGUUUCCGUGGAGUGAUGACAUUGGCUUUACAGAGUGCACCAAGUCCAACACACACCCACCGUCACCACUGUGGUUCUGGGUGACAGAGUGGGCCGUCGACUUCGGUUUACCAGGAGGUACAGACAAAGAGGGAUGGCAGUAUGCUGCAGACUUCCCUGUGAUGUUUCGUGGUAACAAGAGCCUGAAGGACUUUGUGAGACGUAGGCGCUGGGUCAGGAAGUGUAAAAUCGCCCUGACGGCCCCGUGGCAGGAAGUCCGGCCCAUCACCCUGAGUGAUAUCACAGUGUUGCCAUGCCUUGCUCAGAGCAAUAUGGAGCAGGUCCCAGUCUGGGCCCUGAGUGACAAGGGGGAUGUCCUGUGUCGCCUCGGUGUUACUCCCGAAAACCCUGCAGGGUCCUCGUGGCUUCAUGUGGGUACUGACCAGCCCUUCAAAUCCAUCUCCAUUGGGGGAGGCCACCAGGUGUGGGCCAUUGCCUGGGACGGGGCUGUGUUCUACAGGGGCUCAGUGUCCGCCAGCAACCCUGCAGGAGAAUGCUGGUACCACAUACCUUCUCCACCCAGACAGAGCCUCCGACAGCUGUCUGUGGGAAGAACCUCGGUCUAUGCUGUGGAUGAAAACAGUAACCUGUGGUACAGACAGGGCCUGACUCCCAGCUACCCCCAGGGCUCCGCCUGGGAGCUAAUAUCCAACAAUGUGACCAAAGUCUCUGUAGGACCUCUUGACCAGGUGUGGGUAAUAGCAGACAAGGUACCAGGAUGCCCUAUGGAGCUAUCCGUCCCUGGAGCUAUCUGCCACAGGCUGGGAGUAGGACCUAUGCAGCCCAAAGGCCAGUCCUGGGACUACGGCAUUGGGGGAGGAUGGGAGCAUAUCAGUGUGAGAGGAAACGCCACAGAGGCUCUCCGUGUUGCCCAUCCUGCUGCCCCGGCACUUUCUGGCACCACCCUCGGUAGCCCACUCCCUGCCAGGCAACCCUCCUCGCAGGAGAAUGGAAACGCUGUGGGUCUGUAAGGCCCCACCUUCUCCCUAACCUCCCUAGAUCUCGCUCCACAGCCCUGCCUGUGUGUGAUUACAUUUCCAAGCCGGGUUGCACUAUGUUGUUCCAACCCGGCACAAAUAAGGAGAUUAAACCAAAGUUUGUCACCACGAUUUAGUUAAUUUUGUUUGUUUGUUGGUGCUGAGCUGGAGAAUUUUUGUAUUUGAGUUGGCCACCUUUGCCAAGACCUGAAAGGACUAGAAGUCAGUAGACGUAUUGGAACUUCCAUCAGUUUUCAAUAAGUCUAAUUAGGUCUGUGAAAACCUAAGGAGCAAAGAUUGGCAAAGAAAUGGACCCUGAACUCAGCAUGCCUGUGUCUAAUACCAGGGUUCUGUACCAACUAUGGCCACUUAUCAAUCAACACAUUGAUGGCUUUGUCCACUUCCCUCGACUGCACGGUAUGGUUUGCUUUGUAUGAUUUUAGUUUGUCGACAUUACUUGAGCAGUCUUAUAUGUCAGUAUUUUUCGUCACCAUCUAGGGCUCAAUUCAGUCCAUAUUGCAGUGUAAUUUUGAUAGCAUACACAGUAAACGCUGCAUUCUGUAUAUUGUCGCAAUUUAAAAUGACCUUUAGAUUUCACAAUACAGAUUGAAUCCUUAAUAUUAUAUAUGUGUUGGAGUUGUUUUUUGGAUGUUUAAUCAUCUUGGUUUGUUUAUGUUUUGGCCUACAUACCCUGGUUGAUGUGGCUUUUUUCUUCAGACCAGUAGCUGUGGGCUUCCAUGACUAAGUUUAUUUUUAUAGAUGGUAAAAACCAUCCUGGGUGAAUAAGAUAAACCUGACUUCAGUAUGAAUAGAAUCCUUUUGAUUUAUGUACAGUAUUGUUAAUAAUAUCUAAUGAAUGUGUUUUGAAUAGGACCAGUCUUUCCAGGUCAUGUCAUAUCUCCUGGCCCGUAAGUUAAUAUUUCCUGGUGUAUUUCUUUUCAGUGUUUGUUAUUUAAACAUCCCAUGCAGAUAGUAAGGCUGGCAUUGAAAAAACAUCACUGUGCUUAAAUUGUCCCGCACUUUUAAAAGCAAGGUCAAUGUCUUGGAGAUUGACGUAACCUUAUUUUGACAGGAAGCAUUUGAGAUGUUAGUUCAAGCAAAGCUUACCUUCAACAUUCCAGAGCAGUAUGAUGUUUGGGCACUGCUGUUUUAUUUCCUGUCUCAGUUUGGCUAUAGCCUUGACAGCUGAAGCUGUGAGGGGGUUUGAAUGUAACUGAUGUCCUCCUACAAGGACAGGGAACUGUGAAAUAAAUUCCAAAACAGCU